AUGAUUAAUGGAUGCAAACUCAAAGAUUGUUAAAAUUUAGUUUCAAUACUUACAGAUAUCCUUCCUUAUGCAUUAUAUAAUGGUGCAAAUAAAGAUGAACGAUUAUUUGUUCUGUAAAAGGUUUUUCGAAAAUUUCAAUGUAUAUUUUUGCUUUAAAUUUGGUCAAAUUAAAAUAAAGAAGUAGUUGAAAGGCUUAAUUUAUAAUAAGACAUUAAUGAAAUAUAAUCAAUCAAAUUAUUUUAAUUAGCAGAAGAGAGUUUAAAUUAUCAAUAAUAAAUAAAAUAUUAAGAAGAACAAAUAGCUGGAUUGAGACAACAAUUGGAUAAAACAUAUAGCGUUAAUGAAGAAUUGAUGAGAUAACUUUCUUCAGUUAACAAGAAAAGUGCUAAUUUAAUCAUAGAGCUAAAUAAAUAACAAAAUCAAUUUCAAGAAAUUACUAUCCAGUAGCAAAUAAAAAAUAUAGAUGAGAACUCUAUAAAAAUUGAAUUUGAGGAUGCAUAAUUUCAGAAGAGUGCAUAAAAACUUAAAAUUGAGCAAGAAUAAACGAUAAAUUAAAUGAAGGUUUUAUUAUAAGAAUUUUAAGAAUUUCAAUCCAAUCGUUAACUGAAUUUAAAUAGGGUUAAAGAUAUCGAUUAAUCUUAAGUUGAGAAUAUGAUCAACUUAAUUAAAGACACAAUAAGGACAAUAAAGUAGAUGGAAUAAGUUAUAAUCAAUUUUAAAAUAGAAUUAGAAUCAUAUAUCACAAAUUAAAAUGAUUAUGUAAAGGAGAAAAUUUAUGAUAUAUUCAAGAAAUUGGAGAAAAACACGGCUUGUUUCAGUUAUGUAAAACAUAUUUUUGAAAAGACAGUAAUAAUCUUAGAGACGGUAGAAUCUAUGAAUUAUGAGCUUCAAUAGGAAAAAUAACUUCUUGAAGAUUAAGUUAAAAGUUUAUAAGAUUAAAAUAUUGAAUUCGAAAAUAAAAUGUCAAAUUUAUUGACUAAAAUGAACUAACAAACAAUUGAAGAAAAAGAAAAAAUUAUUAUAGAUUAAGUAAAUUAAUUAACUAAUUAAUAAUAAGAUAAUCAGAAAACCUCUUUAGGUUAUGAUUCUGAACUCAAAAAUAUUUUCAUUUAGUAAAUAACAAAUGAUAUAAAUAAUUUGGUUAGUAUUAAUUUAGCAUUCUUUUUAUCAUAGAAUAGUAAUCCUAUUUUUAAAUUACAAAAUUAAGAAUUAAUAAAUAACACAAAUAAGUUGAUCACUAAAUUACAAUCAUAAAAUGUAGCAAUUGAUAUUGAUAUUCUGGGGCAAGAAUUGAAAAGUAAUUUGAAAUCGAUUGAGUAGGUAUAUCUGAGGUUUAGCAAUAAUUCAGUUGUUAAUUAGUAUAAUUAUCAAAAUUUAUAAUACCUAUUAAAAUUGUUGUAAAACUUAUCAUAUUAUAAGAAAGAAAUUGAUAGAAUUCCAAAUAUUGAUAAUUCCUUGAAAUAAUUUAAUUGA